AUGGAGUGUGGCCUGGAGAAUCUCGAAUUGGUGAAUGUUCUCAAAGCAAUGGAGAAAUUGCAUUUUCUUUCAUGCGCUGUCGGUCUCUUCGGUGUCUUGCUCGCCGUUGAUGCUCUUGUUGCUGAUAGAAAGGUGUACAUCGUUUACAUGGGAUCCCUACCGGAGGGCCAGUAUUUUGCGCAAUCUCACCACCUCAGCAUUCUAGGACAAGUCCUAGACAGCAGGUAUUCUUAUUCCUUGGUAUAUAGUUACCAGAGGAGUUUCAAUGGAUUUGCCGCCAAGCUUACACAUCAAGAAAAACAAAAGAUUGCAAGAAUGGAAGGCGUGGUGUCUGUGUUCGAAAGCAAAGCUCACCAGCUUCAUACAACAAGAUCAUGGGAUUUCAUGGGAUUUCCUGUCACUGCGAGACGAAAUCCAACGGUGGAGAGUGAUUUGAUAGUUGGUAUGAUUGACACUGGUGUGUGGCCGGAGUCCGAAAGCUUCAAAGACGAUGGAUUUGGCCCACCUCCAAAGAGAUGGAAAGGCAUUUGCCAAUCUGCUGGAAAUUUCACAUGCAACAAUAAGUUGAUCGGAGCUCGAUUUUAUCCGAAUGACCCGAAAGAGAAUGGUUCAGCCAGGGAUGACCUAGGACAUGGAACACACACAGCAUCCACAGCAGCGGGCCGUGAAGUGAAGGGUGCGAACCUUUUCGGGUUGGCUGAGGGGAAUGCAAGGGGAGCUGUGCCAUCCGCAAGGAUAGCUGUGUACAAGGUAUGCUGGGCUGAUGGCUGCCUGGACCACAGCAUCCUGGCUGGAUAUGAUGAUGCCAUUGCCGAUGGGGUCGACAUUCUCUCAGUUUCAUUGGGGCCAGCUGUUCCAUCACCAUAUGAUGAAGAUCCCAUAGCCAUUGGUGCUUUUCACGCCAUGCGAAAGGGUGUCCUUACGUUGCAAUCUGCCGGUAAUAAUGGACCGUUUCCUUCCACACUAUCGAGCCAUGCACCAUGGAUCUUAACAGUGGCUGCCAGCAGCAUUGAUCGACGGAUCAUUAAUAAGGUUUUACUUGGAAAUGGCAAGGCUUUUGCGAGUAAUGCUAUCAGCACAUUCAAGUCUGGUGGAAGGAUGCAACCUUUGAUCUACGGUGGGGAUGCUGCUGGUGGUUGCGACGAAGGAGGGGCCCGGAGUUGUUUUCCUGGCUGUUUGGAUGAAAAAAUAGUAAAAGGGAAGAUUGUUAUAUGUGAUUUACCAAGCGAUGGUAGAGAGCCUCUUGUAGCAGGUGCAUCCGGAGUGAUAAUGAAAGCAGACCAAACCGAAUACGCUGAUAUUUAUCCAUUGCCUUCUGGUUUUGUAAGCGGCGACGUUCUCAAUGGCGACGUGAUAUCAUACAUUAACUCUACAAAAGAACCAAAAGCCACCAUAGCAAGAAGCGGGGCCAUCCACGACUCUGCAGCUCCUGUCGUCGUCGUGUUCUCAUCCAGAGGGCCGAACAAAAUCUCAAGAGACAUUCUUAAGCCGGACAUAAGCGCUCCGGGAGUGGACAUCUUAGCCGCAUUUUCACCCGUAGCCUUAAUCUCCCAAGUUCCCGAAGAUUCAAGAUCUGCAAAGUAUAGUAUACUAUCUGGAACGUCCAUGGCAUGUCCCCAUGCUACCGGUGCAGCUGGAUACGUGAAGUCAUUCCACCCGAAUUGGUCGCCAGCAGCCAUCAAAUCUGCUCUCAUGACCACUGCUUCCUUAAUGAAUGGAAACAUGAACAUAUUCGCCUAUGGUGCGGGCCACAUCAAUCCAGUCAAGGCUACCGACCCCGGCCUAGUCUACGAUGCUGAAGAAGGUGACUAUAUAAAAUUGCUAUGCAGCGAAGGUUACAACACGACGAAGAUAGGGCUCAUAACGGGUCUUAACACCACAUGUCCCACCACAAGCACAGCGACAAAGGAUCUGAAUUACCCUUCAAUGACAAUGUGGGUCGAACAAACUGGUCCAAUCACAGCUAAUUUCCCUAGGAUGGUCACCAACGUGGGGUCUGCAAAAUCAACAUACAGGGCGAGGUUUAACCCACAACCUCAGCUCAAUGUCACGGUUAGCCCGAGCAUGCUCAAGUUUGAGGCAUUGGGUGAAAAGCAGAAAUUUGUUGUGACAGUUACAGGCAUGGUGACGAAUGACGGUCCAUCAGUUCUUACCACUUCGAUCGUAUGGUCUGAUGGUGUCCAUAACGUGAGGAGUCCUAUAGUUGUGUAUUCAAGCAAUGCGAUGUGAAUCUG